AUGGACGAGUCGUACAAAAACAGGACGUCACUGGUGAAGGGCGCCAAGGACAUCGCCAAGGAGGCCAAACGCCAUGCCGCUAAGAAGGUCAGCAAGGUCGUCAACCGCGCCGCGGACGAGUACUCCUCCCAACGCAACUACAGCCAGUUCCAGAACGAGGACGACGAUGAUGAUGACGGACGCUACGCCUACACGCAGCCCGACGGCAACGACGGUCUUACCGCCAAAGACGAAGACGAGGAAGACUAUGCCAGUGACGCCACGGAGGGUCACGAUGAUGAAGAUGAGAUCUAUGAGGGGGAGUAUCAGGGGGUGCCUGCUGACGGGAAGCCUAGAGACGGGCAUGAUUCUCUGGGUCAACUUGUCUCAGACAGUAUGAGGGACCGUAAGGACCUGGAGCAAGAGAGGCAGGCGGACGAGGAGGAGCUGGCCCAGCAGUAUGAGCUGAUCAUGCAGGAGUGUGGCCACGGCAGGUUUCAGUGGCAGCUGUUCUUCGUGCUGGGCAUGGCGCUGAUGUCUGAUGGAGUGGAAGUGUUCGUGGUGGGGUUCGUCCUGCCCAGCGCCGAGCUGGACAUGUGUGUUCCCAACUCUGGAGCAGGGUGGCUAGGCAGCAUAGUGUACCUGGGGAUGAUGAUGGGGGCAUUCUUCUGGGGGGGUCUGUCGGACAAGGUGGGCCGUAAACAGUGUCUGCUUAUCGCUAUGUCGGUCAACGGCUUCUUCUCCUUCCUCUCCUCCUUCGUCCAGGGGUACGGCAUGUUUCUCUUCUGCCGCAUGCUCUCCGGCUUCGGGAUUGGUGGGGCUGUGCCCAUCGUGUUCCCCUACUUUGCUGAGUUCCUGGCAAGGGAGAAGAGAGGAGAGCACCUGAGCUGGCUCUGCAUGUUCUGGAUGAUAGGAGGGAUCUACGCCUCGGCCAUGGCUUGGCUCAUCAUACCACACUACGGUUGGAGUUUCAGUAUGGGCUCGGCUUACCAGUUCCACAGUUGGAGAGUGUUUGUGGUGGUGUGUGCUCUGCCCUGUGUGUGUGCUGUCGUAGCACUCACCUUCAUACCUGAGAGCCCACGAUUUUUCCUAGAGAUGGGUAAACAUGACGAGGCCUGGAUGGUGCUGAAACAGAUCCACGACACCAACAUGAGGGCCCGCGGAGAACCAGAGAAAGUCUUUACUGUGAACAGGAUAAAGCUUCCUAAGCAUCUGGAUGAGUUGGUGGAGAUGCAGUCAGACUCAGCCAACCCUGUGGCCAAAGUCCUCUUCAGGAUCAGGACCGAACUCAGAGGGAUCUGGUUAACGUUCAUGAAAUGUUUCAACUACCCGGUCAGAGACAACACCAUCAAACUGGCCAUCGUGUGGUUCACAUUGUCUUUUGGGUACUACGGCCUAUCAGUGUGGUUCCCUGAUGUCAUCCAUCACCUUCAGUCUGAUGAGUACGCCUCCAGAGUGCAGACUCACAACAACGAACGUAUAGAAGACUUCACCUUUAACUUCACCCUGGAGAACCAGAUACACACCAACGGAGUGUUCGUCAACGACAGGUUCAUCAGCAUGAAGUUGAAGUCCGUCACCUUCAUAGACUCCACGUUUCAGAACUGUUACUUUGAUGAUGUGUCAACAGUAGGCUCAUUAUUCAAGAACUGCAGCUUCGUAGAAGCCUUCUUUUAUAACACAGAUAUUGACGAUUCUAAGCUGGUUGGGUCGAGGGUAAUCAACAGUUCAUUUCAUCACAACAAAACGGGCUGUCAGAUGACUUUCGACGACGACUACAGCGCCUACUGGGUCUACUUUGUCAACUUCCUGGGGACCCUCGCCGUGUUGCCCGGCAACAUAGUCUCCGCCCUUCUCAUGGACAAGAUAGGGCGCCUGAGCAUGCUGGGGGGCUCCAUGGUGCUGUCAGGCAUCAGUUGUUUCUUCCUGUGGUUUGGUACCAGUGAGUCUAUGAUGAUCUUCAUGCUGUGUCUCUAUAACGGCCUCAGUAUAUCAGCCUGGAACUCCCUGGAUGUAGUCACUGCUGAGCUUUACCCUACAGACAGGAGGGGUACAGGCUUCGGCUUCUGCAAUGCCAUGUGUAAGCUGGCAGCGGUGAUGGGGAACCUGAUCUUCGGCUCUCUGGUUGGCAUCACUAAGGCCAUCCCCAUCCUGCUGGCAUCGACUGUACUGGUGGGAGGAGGACUGGUGGGGCUACGGCUGCCUGACACACGCGGCAAUGUCCUGAUGUAGAAAUACACUACCCAGCAGCCUUCACUCAUGUGCCGGUUAGGCUUUUGUUGAACACGCUGUCAUAAGGACUACAUAUCUGGGCUGGCAUUCAAGUAUGCUAUCUGGCCAGCUUCAUGCUUAGCCAAUUAGCUAAGCUAAACAAUAGUACACGCCGUAACAGUACAAAGUCGGUUGUCAUAAGCUGACAUGUUUUAAGACAGUGUUAUGUAGGCCUUGUUACAGCAUGUUCAAAUAAGGAAAUAGAGAAACACCAAUGGUUGCCACACGGAACACACGUGUGUAAAAGGCUGCACCACCAAUCACUCACAGACUGUACUCUGUCUUCAGUUCCGAUUUGACUGUACAAUAUGGGCAUUCAUUUGUUUGCUUGUUUGUUUGUUAAUUUGUCUCUCGAUAAUGUAAUAAUGUUAUUUAUUGUGCCGCUGCUGUGCUAUCUUGUACUUCAAACCAAAAUGCCAAGAAGUGCUGUACACUUCAGAGUGGGGCGUGAUUUCUCCUUUCAAAAUAGUCAGUUAUUCGUGAUGUUUGUUCAAGCCUUUUGCAACCCCAGCUCCAAUUGCAAGAAAAACAUGGCCAUAGUAAAAUAGAAAUAGGAAGAAAUAGCUUUUAGUGUCGUCAAAAGUUACAGCAAAAUCAGCAGCUACAUUUCUAAAGAAAACUGUGUGUGUGUGUGUGUGUGUGUGUGUGUGUGUGUGUGUGUGUGUGUGUGUGUGUGUGUGUGUGUGUGUGUGUGUGUGUGUGUGUUGUGGGACAGCUUAGGGUUUUGUUCUCUGUUGCUGUGGGUCUCUGUCAAAAGGAAUUUAUUCAGUAAGAAACCUCUGAGCUGCUAGCGAUAGCUUCUUCUCCAUUUCUUUGUAUCUGUUUAACUCUUUCUUUAUCUUUACCUCUCUCUCUCUCUCUCUUUCUCUCUCUCUCUCUCUCUCUCUCUCUCUCUCUCUCUCUCUCUCACUCUCUCUCUCUCUGUCUUUCCAUUUAUCUUUCUCGCAUUGUCUCUCUCUCUCUCCUUACCUUGCUCUCUCUGUUUCUUUCUGUUGUGAUUCUCUCUCCAACCCUCUAUCCUUCUCUCUCUCUGCCAUGCUGCCUGUCUCAUAUGGUAGCUUACCCUCUACAAAACUCGAUGGCCUUUCUCAAAUGUCGUGCCUCGUUCCCUCCAACCUUUCUCUCUUAUGAAACUCGCUCUAGUAUGUAGUUCUUCUCUUUUUCGCUCUAAUGUGUGUGUGUGUGUGUGUGUGUGUGUGUGUGUGUGUGUGUGUGUGUGUGUGUGUGUGUGUGUGUCUGCGGGUGUGUGUGAUAUAUAGGCAAUCACCUGUGAGCUAGCUUGUCAGUUUCACCAUCUUGGUGUGUAACCUAAUUUAAAUCCAUAAACAGAAAAGUAAUAUCUGCUUAUGCGUGUUUAGGUUAUUUGUUGCUGAGUUGAUAUAACAUUAAACUAAAACUAUGUGUUUAAGCAGAAAGCAGGUGGAUUUUAACGGGAUGAUAUAUGAAAAAGCCAUUGUAGCAGCCUGGUCUCAUAGACUAGACCUAACAUGGUAAAUGUAAAUCUGGGACACUCAAAUUAGUAUGAUAUGUUGAUUUGAUAUGAUAUGUCACGUUUGGUAGGGUUACAUAAGACCGAUGGUUACUUACUUCUUAGGGCUGCAAUCCCGUUAACGGGAUCGAUAUGACAACAGCCGGUGAAAGUGCAGGGCGCCAAAUUCAAAGCAACAGAAAUCUCAUAAUUAAAAUUCCAUUUUAUACCGUUUUAAUUAAGUUAAUCUUGUUGUUAAUCCCACCACAGUGUCCGAUUUCAAAUAAGAUUUACAGCGAAGCACCACAAACGAUUAGAAAAUAAAGUAAACAGAAAUCAGAAUUCACAUUAUAAAUAUUCCCUUACCUUUGACGAUCUUCAUCAGAAUGCACUCCCAGGAAUCCUAGUUGCACAAUAAAUGCUUGAUUUGUUCGAUAAUGUCCAUUAUUUAUGUUCAAGGAGCUACUUUUGUUAGCGCGUUUAGUACGAAAAUCCAAACGCUUGUGCAGGUCCAUCCGAACGUUGGACGAAAACUUCAAAAAGGUAUAUUGCAGGUCGAAGAAACUUGUCAAACUAAGUAUAGAAUCAAUCUCUAGGAUGUUGUUAUCAUAAAUCUUCAAUAAAGUUCCAACCAGAGAAUUCCUAUGUC